UAAAUAGAGCCGCGGAGGCGUCGCAGUGUCACUCCGCUCAUUUACAGUCUGGAAGUGCCGCGUCCUCAUCGGUUUUUCGUUUUUCAGCAGAAAUGGCAGCAGCAGUUAUAACAAAUCAGAAUGUGGUGGAGAGGGUGACCAGCCUCCCCCUGGUGAGCUCCACCUACGGCCUGGUGUCCAGCGCGUACUCCAGCACCAAGGGCACCCACCCGUACAUCAGGACUGUGUGCGAGGCGGCCGAGCAAGGUGUCCGGACCAUCACCUCCGUGGCCCUCGUCACCGCUUCACCCAUCAUCGGCAAGCUGGAGCUUCAGAUUGCCAUUGCCAACAACCUGGCCUGCAAAGGUCUAGACAGGAUUGAGAAAACCUUGCCGAUCCUCAACCAGCCGUCUGAGCAGAUUGUCUCCAGCGCCAAGGACGUCGUGACAGGCACGGUGUCCGGUGCCCGGGACACGGUGUCAGACACUCUGACCAGCGUCGUGGGCAAGACCCGCGGCGCCGUGCAGGGCGGGAUGGACAAGACCAGGGCCGUGGUCAGCGGGAGCGUCAGCACAGUGCUGGAGAGCAGGGUGGCGCGGCUGGUGAGCAGCGGCGUGGACACGGCCCUCAGCACCUCGGAGAGCCUGGUGGAGCAGUACCUGCCCCUGACGGAGGGGGAGCUGGAGCUGGAGGCAGAAGCCGUGAAAGGCUCCGACCAGAAGGAGCCGAGCUACUACGUCCGCCUGGGUUCCCUCUCCACUAAGCUCCGGAGGCGCGCGUACACCAGGGCCGUGGCUAAGGUCAGGGACGGCAAGCAGCGAAGCGUGGAUUUCAUUUCGGAGCUGAACUCCACCGUCGACCUGAUUGAAUAUGGCAGAAAGAACAUUAACGGGGCUAACCAGAUGGUGAACAACAAGCUGACCUCCCUGGCGACGUGGAGGUCCAACGGCGCGAACCAGCACCAGAACGGUCACGGCGCAGAGGUUAUCGAGCACCGCACCCUGAGCCUGGCACAAUCCCUCACCCAACAGCUCCAGACCACCUGUCUGGUCCUGGUCUCCAGGCUGCAGGGCCUCCCCAGCCACAUCCAGCAGGAGGCGCUCCAGCUCGGCCGCGCCGCCACACAGGUCUACGUCGGCUUCAGCAAGGCCAGCUCACUGGGAGACCUGCCGGACAGCGUGCUGAGCGUCAGCAGAGUCCAGCUGGGCAGAAUCAAAGACUCCCUGGACAACGUCAUGGACUAUCUGGUCAACAACACGCCCCUCAACUGGCUGGUCGGCCCCUUCUACCCGCGGAUGGACACGGAGCCGACGCCCACGCCGGCCCUGUCCUCCGGCCAGUCCCACCGAGAGGAGCCCAUGGAGGUGGAGAUGGAGACGCUUCACUCCCAGCAGCCCCAGUGAUCCAUGUUGGGAGUUUUAAUGUAUUCUUCCCUGUGCGCUAAUGUUUGACUCUGCAAUGAUCAAACACUGCACUAUUUUAGUUGUAAUUCUUGCUGAUGUUUCAUUUUUGUGUGCAAGCCAAUAUAUUGAAACCGUUCAUCAUAAACUUU